AUGUCAAUCCUACAAUUUCAAUCCGAUCAUGCUGGAGCAGCAUGGAGAUCAUGCGUAGCUUCAGCCUUCCGAACAGCCUUAGCUUGCACAAUUAUUGGUUGCAUCACCCUCUUUGGCCCGCCUUCAUUUAAGCAACAAGUAGCAUUUCCUGCUUUUUCCUACGUGACAGCAAUUCUUCUUGUCACAGAUGCCACGGUGGAGGACACCUUCCGUGGCUGUUGGCAUGCCUUGUAUGCUUCCGUCUUUGGUGUCUGUCCUGCCAUCCUUAGCUUAUGGUUAAUGGGGCCAGCCCAGCUAACCAUUAGCACCACCGCCGUUGCGGUGGCGCUUACCGCAUUUGUGGUGGUGCUGCCUGAAAACAGUCACCUGAUAUCAAAGCGUAUAGCACUCGGCCAGACUGUUAUUCUCUACGUUUUAGCUUUCAUCAAUGGUUCCAAAACUGACCCUAUUAUGCACCCCAUCCACGUCUUAGCCAGUACGGCUGUUGGAGCCGUGGCUACUGUUUUGGCCUUCUUGCUUCCUUACCCAAGCUUGGCUUGUUGCGAGGUAAAGAAGAAAUUCAAGCUUUACACUAAGAAUGCUUUGGAGAGGGUAGGGGUCCUUAUGAAGGCGUUCUCUGCACAAGACAAAACAUCAGCACAAGCACUGAUUUUGCAAUCCAAGUCCUUGGCUCGCACGGGAACCAAAUUGCUUGGGAGUAUCAAAUCCAAGCAAGAAAGCAUGCUAUGGGGAAGGCUUCCACUCAAAUUUUUGAAACCUUACUGCAUGAAUCCAGGACAGAUAUUGCAAGAAAUUGAGACACCUUUAAGAGGGAUGGAAAUUGCCUUGUCCAAUGGUACUGUACCAUUUCCAGAGCGCAAAGAUGAUCUAGCAGGAAUUGAGGAGCAUAUUUCGCGUCAAAUUAAAAGCAUGCCCCUUGUUUUAGCAACUACUGUCCCCGAAGCAAAUGCAGAAAACGUUGCUGAGUCCCUCCAAACUCUUCAAACCGUCCCAACAGACCAUAGACAAUUACCCUCUAUUUUCUUCUUUUUUUGUUUGAAGCUGCUACAAGCAAAAUUAGUUACCACCUCAGCAAUCAGUUCUAUCAAAGAAGGGUCAACUGGUCCAGAAAAACAGGAGAAAUGGUUCUUCAUACGGAUAUGGAGAAAUUUAUCCAUCAACAUAAACAAAAGCAGGCUUAUGCCAGCUUUCAAAUGCUCACUUUCAUUAGGGCUAGCUGUGUUCUUUGGAUCAUUAUACAGCAAGGAAAACGGAUUUUGGGCAGGAUUGCCUGUUGCCAUAAGCCUUGCAUCAGCCAGAGAAGCAACAUUUAAAGUUGCAAAUGUUAAGGCUCAGGGAACAGUAAUAGGAACGGUGUACGGAGUAUUCGGUUGCUUUAUUUUCGGAAAAUAUGUUCCGAUACAGUUACUAUCCCUUUUUCCAUGGUUCAUUUUCUGCAGCUUUUUGCGGCGCAGCCGCAUGUAUGGUCAGGCGGGAGGAAUUUCAGCAGUUAUAGGGGCAGUACUAUUAUUAGGAAGGAAAGAUUUUGGUCCCCCAAGUGAAUUUGCAAUAGCAAGAAUCACAGAAACUUUCAUUGGACUAUCUUGUUCAGUCGUGGUAGAACUAGUUUUACAGCCCACAAGAGGUUCUGCUCUAGCGAAAGUUCAGCUCUUCAAGAAUUUUGAAGUGAUGCGAAAUUCUAUUGGUGCGGUUAGUCUCACUGCCAGCAAGGCCAACUUGGAGGAAAGCCUGAAAAAGCUUAAACUCCAAGUGAAUGAACUAGGAAAAUUCAUUGGUGAAGCUGAGGUGGAACCCAAUUUUUGGUUUUUGCCUUUUAACAGUGCUUGUUACCGUAAGCUCUGGGUGCCCUUGUCCGAGAUGGUGGAGUUCCUACUUUUCAUCACUCGGGCAAUUCAAUUUCUCCAUCAAGAAUCAGGAAGAGUGGACACCAACUUGUGGAAGGAAAGUAUGAGGAAGAUAAAUGCUGAUCUCAAGAAUUUCAAGGAAAUGGUUGACUCUUCAAUAAAGUGUUUUGAGGAGGUCAGUCUGGUAAAAUCACUCGUGUUACUGGACAAAGAGAUGGAAAGGAAAAACAUUUCUCUUGAUCUUGAAUCGGGGAAAUCACCAAAAAUCCCUUCUAUGAUGAAACUACCAGGUUCAGAUGAAGAAGUGAUCAUUGAGAAAACUCUAAGCCAUUAUCUCCAGCAUUGCAACGAAUUCCUUGAGGCUAUUCAUGCUGAUAAAGGUGAGAAGGAGCUCAAGAGCCGCAUUGCAUUGAUUUUGAGCUGUAUUGGUUUCUGCAUCAGGGGGCUUGUAAGGGAGACCAGAGAGAUUGAGAAGGCUAUUAAAGAACUUGUGCAGUGGGAGAACCCGUCAAGCCUUGUGAAUUUGCAUGACAUUUCUAGCAAGAUACGUGCUUUAGCAGCAGCAGCAGCUGCAGACGCCGACAUGUGUGAAAAAUUGUAG